UUUUAUGUAAAUAAAUAUAUAAAUAAUACUUUUUCAGAGCUGACUGUAAAUUUCUGAAGAAGAAGAAGAAGAAGAAGAAAGCUUCAGAAAUGGCAAAUCUUCACUAACUCCUUCAAGUUCAAACUCUGUUAUUCAUCUUCCCACCAAUGUCGCAAGCCGUUCACCUCGUCUCCAAGUGUUUCCCAGGCUAUGGAAUAUCAGAAGGUAAAGGUCUCCUAAGUCCAGGAGGAGUUUCACAAAAAACAGUCACCUUGAAUCCUUGCUCAUCUCGUUUUCAUUACAGCUUCCAUUCACAGGUCAAUGUUGGACCACUCAGGUCUGCUUCUGCUGGUUCAUCCCAUGUUUGUAAAGCAAGUUCCGGUAGUUACAAGAGAAACCCCGAUUUCUCAAGGCAUAACAGGCAGAGCUUCUCUCGAGGUAGGAAUAGGCAAAAUGAAGACAGGGACAAUUAUGAAAACCUUGAUGAUUCAGACAUCGUUGCCUCUAAAAAUGGGCCGUAUUUUUCGUUAUCAAAUUCUCCUAAAUUCCAGGCCACUGCAGCUCCGGGACCUAGAGAAAAGGAGAUUGUUGAGCUUUUUAGAAAGGUUCAGGCUCAGCUUCGGGAGAGAGCUGCAGCUAAAGAAGAAAAGAAGACUGAAGCCGUGCAAGGGCAAGGUAAAGAGAACGAAACUGUGGAUUCGCUUCUUAAGUUAUUAAGAAAGCACUCAACUGAACAAUCGAGGAGAGGUGGUAGCAACAGCGGGACAAGCAAAGAGUUCAUGUUUGAUCAGCAAGUACAGAAUGGCCAAUACAUUAGAGGAAAAAGCACAGGCUCGUUUGAUUCCAUCAUCGGUUUAAAGGACGACGAUGUUGUCCAGGAGCCGCCCAAUGCCUCUUUUACUAGACCUGUAUCAAACUUUCAACGCAGAUCUCCUGUCCCCCGGACGAAAUUCAAGUCCGCUUAUUCUGAUGACAAACCAGUCAAUUCAAUGCCAUAUGUGAAUUCAGGCGGGAGAGGAAAGAAAAAUCAGGUUGAGGCAGUUCCUAAAACCGAGUUGGACCUGGACGAGUAUGAGCCAGUGUCUGUUGACCAUGAUGAUGAGCCCGAGUCAGACCUUGAACCCGAUGAGCCAGAGAUUGUUCAGUUGUUAGAAGGUGAAGAAGCUCACAUUGAUGAGCCAGAGAUUGUUCAAUUGUUAGAGGAUGAAGAAGCUCAUAUUAACGAGGAAGAAGAGGAUGAAGAUGAACAGGUUCAGACCGAGCAAGAGGAUUUGAGUGGCUGGAAACUACCCGAACUACGGGCACUAGCCAAGUCUCGCGGUUUAAAAGGGUAUUCGAAAAUGAAGAAGAGUGAGCUUAUCGAUUUGCUUAACGGUUAAAACUCAUGACAUGACUCUCUGUACUUAGUUAGAUUGGAGCUGAGACCCAUUUUUGUUGUUGUUGUUGUUUUUUAUUUAUGUUAUUACCUUUGAUUUUUCAGUGUUUUAUUAACCUUUCAGAACUUUUAAAGAAUGUAAUUUGCUAAGGUUGAGUAUACCAAAAUAGUUUGUUCCAUUCCAA